GGGACGGUGCCAGGCGCCCCUCACUCACCCAACACCUGCGCGCCACUCCGGACUCGGGCGGCGCCCGGGCGGCUUCGGACCCACGUCCUCCUGGAGCAGCCCCCGCUCGCUCGUCCGGUGGCCAUGGUGCCAGGGCCUGACCAAUAGCAGAUUGCCAUGUCUCGAGAGGCAGGCUCAUGCCGAAUGGGCACUGGGGCAAGAGUGCGGUCACGGAAGCCCAAGAAGCCACACUACAUCCCGAGGCCCUGGGGCAAACCCUACAACUACAAGUGCUUCCAGUGCCCCUUCACCUGCCUAGAGAAAUCACACCUCUACAAUCACAUGAAGUACAGCCUCUGCAAAGAUUCCCUCUCGCUGCUGCUGGACUCACCUGACUGGGCAUGCCGCCGAGCAGCCCCUUCUCCCAGGCCCCGGGUGCCCACCCCUGACCACUCCAUGGCCCUUUCAGACCCUGGCAGCCAGCCCACCAUGCCCGACCUCAUCAUUGCUGACAGCCGCUCCCAGCGCCACUGUAGUGGGGGCCCCAAACCCGGGCCUGAGGGCUCCCCAAGACCACUGCCUCCACUGGCUAAAGCCAUCCGGAAAGGUUCUGACCCCAGUGGGCUCCUGGCAGAGUCAUGGAAGCCAGGACUAGGUGGCAGCAUGAGGAGUGGGGCUCUGGGAGCCACGGCUUUGGCAGGCUCUGACAGCAAUGUCCCCUGCUACCCACCACCUGCCCAGAGUGAGUUUCCUGAGGCUCAGAGCCUCCACCUGUCACUUCUGGGGAUCAACUAUCCUCUGGGGCCAGGUCUCUUCUCUUACCUUGGGCCCUCACUGGCUGCUGCAGCCCACAUGCCCUUCCUGGCCUCUGCUAGUCCCUUGCUGCCCCCUGCAGCUUUCCCAGCCCCACAGGCCCCUGAGCGCCCAACCCUGGCCCCCCGCCUUUACUACCCACUGCUCUUGGAGCACAGCCUGGGGCUACCAGCAGGCAGGGCUGCCCCUGCCAAGCCCUCUGUAACCCCCAAGGGGCCUCCUGGGGCUCUAGCUCCUGGGUUGCUGAAGGUGCCUAUCCCAGGGCUGGGGGGACCUUGGCCCCAUGGAACUCUCACGGACCCAAGGCAAGAGGGAGAGUUGGAACAGGCUGCUCAGAGCAAUCCCCAGGGGAGGCUGCAGAAGGCUCCCUCGAGCCUGGCAAAGUUUGACUCUCAGAGAAGCCUGCCGACCAGUUCCUCCCUGAUGCUCUGGCCUGAGGGUGAAGAACCAGGUGACCCUACGGCCCCAGGCCCUGAGGUGUCCCUUCCUCACCAAGCACGAGGACCAGUGCUGGGAAGUCCGGACCCUGUGGGAGAGGACCUGACCCAGGCUCUCGGUGACUAUGCCAAGGUGGAGCAGUGCCUGGGGCAGCUGGUGCCGCCUGGGGGCCUAGCCUCCAGACCUCUACGGGAGCAGUUAGGCAAGAUCCGCCGUGAGCUAUUCACCAUCCACCAGGCUCUGGCACGGGCAGCACAGCCUCCAGACACACCCCUUGACCUCUCUAUAAAGCGGGUGCCCACCAAGGGGUCUGAGGCACCUGCAGGGUCCUGGGGGUUGUCUGAGCCAAGCUCUAUGCUGGUAGGGGGGAUCUCUGAGCCCCCCAGUAUGCUGGGUCCUGCAAUGCUUGGGCCCUUCUCCAGCCAUACUACCAAGUGUGAAGCUGACUCCAGUGUCCCACCCCCUGGCGUCUCUCUCCAGGCCCCAGAGGACCCUGUCCCCUCUGGUAGUGGCUGGGGCACUUGUCUUGGGAUUGGGAGCUCUCAGACCCCUAAGGAUAUCCCUGCCCUGCAGAGCCCCCCAGGUGCUAAGGUCUGUUCACAACCCCCUUAGUGUGUGGACCCCGUUCCUUGACUUGGUCCCACUGUCCAAGGCUUGUCAAGUGUCAGUGUGCAUGAGGGCUGGACAACCCUCUGGCCCAUGACACCUCCCCCCCCCAGCCCACGAGAGCCCAUGAGGUCAUGUCAAAACAGUAAGGUCAUGGUUAUUUAUUGAUCACAGUUGUGGACAUUAAAAUAGAAGCUGUCUUCAAAACCCUGCUUGAGGGGCUAGGGAGAUGGCUCAGUGUUUAAAAGCACUUGCUUGCAAAGCCUGCUGACCAGGGUUCAGUUCCCCAGUACCCAUG